AUGACUACAUCAAAGAGACUUGCGGAUAGGAAGAUUUCAAAGUUCGACAAGAACAUCAUGAAGAGAGGAGCUGUUCCUGAAACCACUGCCAAGAAGGGGAAGGAUUACCCUGUUGGGCCUUUCCUCCUAGGAUUCUUCAUCUUCGUCGUCAUUGGAUCAUCUCUGUUCCAGAUAAUCAGGACGGCAACAAGUGGAGGCAUGGCUUAA